GGAAUGAACACCAGCUCGUCGAUCCCCGCGACCAUGAACCAAUCAUCGCCGCAGCCCCUCAGGGCCAUCGUGAAAGCGCGCAGCCUCAUCCGGCGCAACUCGACGGGCAGCCAGUCGCAGCUGCUUACUCGUGGGGGGCUGAUUCACAUGCCCAUGCGGGCGCGAGACCCCAAGGAAGCGCACCGGGUGUCGUCCGCAUUGGAAAAGUUGUACGACUUGACGCUGGUCGUGGGUCUGUCGGCCGUGUCGCACCAGUUUGCCGAGCACAUCCAGGCCGGCCACGACCUUGCCCACGGGUUCCUCAUGUUUUUCAUGUCGUUUUUUGCGCUGUGGAAUGCGUGGCUGCCGUUCGUGUGGUUCAGCUCCACGUACGACGUCGACGACGUGUGCUACCGGUUGGGGGCGAUGGGCCAAAUGAUGGGCAUUCUCAUGGUGUCCGACGGCAUCGACCACAACAUGGGCGAGAUCCUCUCAGGGUACAUCCUCCUACGCCUGUGCUACACGUUUCUGUUUCGGUUCCGCGCCGCGUACCAAGACCCGCCCCACCGCAGCGUCAACAUCAAGCACGGCGUCGCGUCCGUCGUCAUAAUGGUGGGGUGGUACGCCCAGCAAACGAUUGCAGACGACGGCAAUGCCUGGUUCGUCGUCGUGUUUGCCGCCAUCGGAUUGUGCGAUCUCGCUGCCCCCGCCCUGGUCGAACACUUUAGCACACCGAAAAUGCCGUUUCAUCCUCACCACAUUUCCGAACGGUACAGCGAGUUCACGAUCAUCGUGUUUGGCGAGUCGUUGUUAUCCGUGUCCCAUUCCACAGUGCUCAAACCCAAAGCGUUCAAUGUGGAAGCGCUCAAAACGAGCAGCGCAUCCGUGUUGUUGCUCUUCGCUCUCUGGUGGCUCUACUUUCUCGUACCGUUUGGCAAACUCCUCCACGACCACCCACAUAAAGUGCAUUUUGUUGGGUAUGGCCACUACGUAAUCCACAUUGCCCUUGCAGGGUUUGCCACGGGGCUGUACCUUGCUGGCCUCGCCACCCACGAAGACGUGGUGGUGACGCAAACAAGAACGAGGGAGUUAGCCGGCACAAGCUCCGACGUGUCGAUCAUGACAGCGUCGUGGGUCGUCGCCAUCUCGCUGAGCGUGUACAUAGUGAUCAUGCCCAUCUUGAUCGCAGCGCCGUGGUUCUCCCUGGCCAAGAACAUCGUCGUGGCCGUUGCGUUUCUUCUCACGGCUGCAUUUGUGACCCCCCAUGUGACGGUGGGCACAUUGCUGUGGGUAUACUGCGUCCCCGUGCUCAUUUUUUUGCCGUAUGUGAUAUGGCGCACAAGGCUUAAAGUGCCGUACGUGAUUCCCAGCUGAAAGCCCUUUCAAACUCGUUCAAACUCGCGCCAAGCCCUACCACCUCCCAGCAAAGCUUCAUCCGUCAGUUUGCCUCCACCUAUCAUACAUAGUACUAAGUAGUAUAACAUUUACGACGAAACGCCAAAGUAAUUCGUGCUAAAUUUAGACUUUGAUAACGA